CCUCGGGCGGGGCGGGGCGGGGCGGGGCGGGGCGGCGGCGCAGCAUGGCGCGGCGGCACUGAAGGCGCUGGGGGAGCAGCGGCCCGCCCGGCCCGGCCUUUGUCUCGCCGGGGCUCCCGGGCAGCGAAGCGGCGGCGGCGGCGGCGGCGGUGGAGGAGCCCCCGUGGGCCGCACCGGGCUCUCCCCCCCCCCCCCCUUUUCCCCUUCUCCCCUUCCCUUCCCUCCCCUUCCUCCUCCUCCUCCUCCUCUCCUCUUCCUCCCCCCGGUCCCUCCCCAUCCCCGCCGCCGCCGCUCCACAGGUGCGGGGCCGCCCCGGGGACCCCCGAAGUUCGGGCCGGGCACCGGGGGGGGGGAGGAGGGGGGGUGCCGGUGGCAACGGCAGCAGCAGCAUCCCCAUCCCCAUCCCCAUCCCCAUCCCCAUCCCCAUCCCCAUCCCCAUCAUCACCGUCCCGGUGCCCCCCCGGUGCUGCUGUUUUUUUUUUUUUGGGGUGGGGGGGGGAGCACCUCGGGAUGCCGCCGCCCCGGCCCCGCCGCGCCGCGGUCGCCCCCAACUCGCCCCGCUGACGGCUCCCGGGGGCGAUGGUGAGGGCCGCCCGGCCGCCCCCCGCUGCCCCCCGCCGCCCGCCCGCAGCCCCCGGCCGGCCCCUGGGCUCCGCCGCCUCCGUCUCCGUCUCUGUCUCCGUCUCCGCCGCCCCCCCGUGACCGGCCGGAGCCGCGCCCGCCGCCCGCCGGGACGAUGCCGCCGCGCUGGGAGGCGGCCGCGCUGCUCGCAGCCCUCGUCGGUGUCUGCGUCUGGACCGACGACCCCGGGAAGGUGGUGUCGGACCGCUACGCCGUGUACUGGAACCGCAGCAACCCCAGGUUCCACCGCGGGGACUACACGGUGGAGGUGAGCAUCAACGACUACCUGGACAUUUACUGCCCGCACUACGAGGAGCCGCUGCCCGCCGAGCGCAUGGAGCGCUACGUCCUCUACAUGGUCAACUACGAGGGGCACGCGUCCUGCGACCACCGGCAGAAGGGCUUCAAGCGCUGGGAGUGCAACCGCCCCGACUCCCCCAACGGGCCCCUCAAAUUUUCCGAAAAGUUCCAGCUUUUCACCCCCUUCUCGCUGGGUUUCGAGUUCCGGCCCGGCCACGAGUACUAUUACAUCUCCGCGUCCCCCCCGAACAUGGUGGACAGGCCCUGCCUCAAGCUGAAGGUUUACGUUCGGCCAACGAACGAUUCCCUCUACGAGUCCCCGGAGCCCAUCUUCACCAGCAACAACUCGUGCUGCAGCCUCAGGGUGCCGCACGCCGCGCUCGUGGUGGUGCCGGUCUUCUGGACGCUGCUGGCCUCCUAGCGCCGCGGGGCGAGGUGCGGGACGGAGCGGGGCUGUGCUGCCGGCCAGGAGCCCCCCGGAGCCCCCCGCAGCAGGUGCAGCGCCCCAGGGGAGCGGUCCCGCACCGGCGGCGGUGGAACCGGGACGGAUCCUGCCCAUGUGCGUGCCUCGAGGGCUCCCUUCCCUGCAGCUCGCUCGGCUCCGGCUCCCCCGUAGGAUGUUGCUUUUUACAUUUCUAGACCAAAUAUAGAGUCCUGAUUUUUGAUUUUUUUUUUUUCCGAUUUUUUUUUUAUUUUAUUUCGGUUGGCUCUGUUUCAGUCCAGGCUUCCCCGUGUCAGACUGAACCGCACGGGGGGGCCCCGGGCGCUGAGCCCCUCUCUCCAGGGGGGCCGCGGUGGCCGUGGCACGCUGCCUUCACCCGGCACGGCGAGACGGACGCCACCACGGUGCCGAUGGCUCUGCAGGGCACGGACUCCUUCCCAGCCGGGCCACCCCUCCUGCAGCAGGACGUCGCAGCGCACGGGGACGGGGGACCCCGAUGGACACGAGGCCGCUGAGGGGGUCCCGGAGCUGCGAGCCCCCUGGGGUGACCCCUCCCCAUGGCUCGCACUGUGGAUGUCACCUCCGUCCCCACGGGGCGUCUCCGCCAGCAGCGAAGUGGCAGCACCCACGGGGAGCCCUGGGGGUCCCGGGUGGCACCGGGAGCCCCCUCGAGUGCUCGGAUGGAUCUGGGGCUGGAGCAAGGCCGACCGCUGCCCCCCCCCCAGGUGCUGCAUCCCCUCCGUGUCAGCCCAAGCACCGCCUGUGCCCCCCCGGGGGCUGGAUUCCCCCCCCAGCGCCAGGAUGGAGCAGCUUUUUGGGUCUGCACCCCGUCCUCCUCGCCGCCUCCCAGGUGCUCGUGGCCGUGCAGGCUCAUCCCCUGCAUCGGCCGUGGGGGGCGGAGGACAGGGGACCCCUCCCCCAUGAUUGUCCCCCCCCGCUCCGUGCGGGGCUGGCACCGGGGCCGCGGCUGCGCCGGGCUUUGGCUUGUUCUCCUCUUCUUUAUUCACAUCCAAAAGAAAACCACGGAAAAAAAACCAUCGGCCCCAAAGCGCAGGGGGUGGGAGAUGAACCAGAGAGGGGCCCGGCCCCUCCUCGCCUUAAAUCCAGGACUGUCCCCCCCCCUCGGGGGGCUCACACCGGGGGUGGUGGCCCCGGGACGCCGGCUCUGCCCGCGCCGAGCCCUUUCCAUGGACCUUUUCCAGCCCCGUCUCUUUUCUCCGCGGGGGCCCGGGGGCCGCUCCGCUCUGUAAAUACAGCCGGCAGGCGCUAUACUGUGAGCGUUUUUUUAUGUAUUGUUGAGAAUGAAUUUUAUGGAAGGGUUUAUUUUAUUUUUAUUUGAUUAUUUUUAUUUUUUAGACUAGGACGCUGAAAUCUCGCAAUAAGCUCAUCUCAACCAUCCAAAAAAAAAAAAAAAGAGAAAAAAAAUGAAAAGAAAAUGACAAAACGAUGAUUAAAAAAAAAAAAAAACGCAUUCCCCGCCACCGCCCCCCCCCUGUCCUGUCCCCGUCCCCGUCCCCCGUGUCUUGACCAGGUCGUGGUUCUCGAAGGCGAGCGGAAGCAUCGUGGUUCUCCUGGCACCGGUACCCCGGGGGGCGAGGGGGGGACCGGGGGCUGUGCCCGGGCACCGCUCCAGCACCGCCGGGCUCGCAGGGGAGUGGCGACGGCAAAACCUGGCCUUCGGUCUGUGUUUUAUAUAUAUAUAGAUUAUAUCUAUAAAUAUCUAUAUUGUGUACAGCGACUGUGAGAGAGUUAAAAGCAAAGUGAGGCAGCAACACUUGCAGGGAGCUCUGAGCAGAGGCGAGGGGUGGGUGAGGGCUGGGGGGGGGUCGCUUGGGUCGGUUUUUUCCCUUGGGGGCAGCCCGCUGUCGGCGCUGGUUUUGCGUGUUGGUCUCCGUCCCGCCUAGCUUCGUCCUUAGCCACGCCGCUUUCGUCCUCGACGUCGUGCUGAUGGUAACCGGAUCACCACCUAAUUUGGAUUCUGUAUUUUUUUAUAAUAAAAUAAAAAUAAAUGUCAUGUGAGGCCCUU